AUGUACGAUGGCACAGAGUUUUCAGAUAACGGCUGUUACUUUCGUGAACGUGGUGUGAACUGGGGAGGUUUCUGUUCGACUCUGCACGCCCGCAUUUCCCAGCUGAGGCUAACGCGCCCAGCUAAUGAAAUCUGUGAGCAGUACUCUGCAAUACUCCUUCGUACUGCGAGGGAGCGAUUAGGCACACGUGCUAAAAAGGAAAAAGAAGGGUACGAAUGGUGGUCUCCGGCUCUUGACCGUAUGCGAAAUGAGGUCUACUGUACACGUCGCAAGUGGCAGGCUUCACGUCGCGCAGGAGGCGACAGGGAGAAGGCACUACAUUAUCAACUGCGUGCAGUUAGAAUACGCUACAAGUUAGCCAUGAAAGAUGCUGAACUUGCCUUCUUCCGCUCCGUUGCGGAGUCAGAUUAUAAAAGUGAACACUGGAAAACAGAAUGCAAGAGCAAAACACAAGCACCAAAUUUUUAUGUACAAAGAAAGAACAUAGAAGAACAGAAUGUACAAGAACAAAUCACAACAGAACAGAAUACGCAAACACCGAAUGCACAAGGAGAGGAAAAAAAAUCGAUCAACAUACUGGACAAGGAAACAAUGAGCAAUCUUUUUUAA